AUGGAUGUAUUGCCCACAGGUUCGUGCUGGAGCCUGGAGCCAGGUCUGGAGUACCAGUACCGGUACAGUGGCAGGGUAGCAUCUGGGAUCCCUGACCUCAAAGACCAGUAUUCAGGAGCAGGAAUUCAGAUUGAUGUCACUGUACAGGUGUCCAGUGAGCAUGAGACCUUCUUCCAGUUCAGCAACAUCCAAGUGGGAGAAUUUCACGAUGAACUAGAGUGCGACACUCGGUCACCGCUACCCAUCCAGUACCACCCGCUGGAGCAAGGCAAUGACCUACUCGAAAAGCCCUUCGAAUUCUGCAUCGAUGGGGGAGAGGGCAAGGAGUACCUGAAGGCGCCUCAGGAACCAGUCUGGAUCACCAACAUCAGAAAGUCUGUCGUCAACAUCUUCAGAAUACCGCCAAUACUGGGUAACUACGGCGACCCUAGAAGAGAACCAACAUUCAAAAAGACGACCUUUACGCUCAACGAGACUGUGAUGGCUGGCUACUGUAACAAUCAGUACUCCCUCUUCCAGCUACCGAAGGAGCAGACAGUCCUGGAGAACCAGCGGCGGGAGGCAGUGGUUGAAAUAGACACACAGAGACAAGAAUCCUCCUCAAGUUCUAAAUCGAAGUUCUCUAAGAAGACCACAGGAAGAGGCGGAAAGAAAAGUUCAACAAAGAAGUCACCUACAAGCAGCAAGUCGAAGACGUCGUCGCAGACCUCAAGCGCCUUUACCAUUGAAGACACUCUCUGGUCCCUCACGCGUGUACUCGAGUUCGAAUCCUGUGAAAACCUAGUGAAAUGGAAGAUGCACGGCAAUAAGAAGACAGACGAAAACAUCAUUCGAACGUCCAUCGGGAACUAUCUGCUUCGUGGAUCCGAAGGUUCCGCCAGGAUAGAGCGAGCUGUGGUCGAGGGCACCAUCUCUGUGUUCACCAGCGAACAACUGGAAGAACAUAUUGUUACCUUCACCAACCAGACGCUGGAGCUGCGAGCAGUGAGGACCUUGAGAGCAGAGUUGGGCCUUGACUACGAGCCUCACCAGUACAGGUCUUGGCACUACCAGGUGGACCACCUGUUGACUGACCCGGAGGAGAGGAGAGGCGAGACUCGUCCCAACCUGGAGCAUGCCGCCACAGGCGUCCCAAUCACCAGUCAACUGAUUACCGAGAUCAAG